AUGAAUAAGUUAUUUUCUCCUAGAGCUCAAACUGUAAUAUCUCCUAAAUCGACAAGGAAUUGAAAGCAAGAUAAUUAUUUUGAUACAAAUUUCACGAGCAAUUUUAAGUUUAAGUUUAUGAUAACUCUUCAAGUCCUGUACUUCCUGGCCUCAGCUUGGACCGCAGUUCUAAAUAAAGGUAGGUGGGCCGGCCUAACGGUCAAAUUAUUUUGUCCCUAGGCCCCUUGACCUCUCUGAUCUGCGCCAGAACAGCGUAGACCCAUUCUGAACCGAGACUCUUAAGGAGCCAUUAACUUCUCUCACUCAGCUCUGAUUUAGGGUCUGAGCCCUGCCCCUAACUGACAUUUUUAAUUUUUCACGGGCAAUAAUAAUUCAAAGUUCACUAUUGACAAAAUAUCUACAAGACUAUCGCUGUUCUCAUCAUCUAGAAGAAACAUUGGUUAUGCCAAAAAUGAUCAACUUGAAAAAGAAGCUGUGGCUUCAUUAGAGCAAUGAGAGCAGACACGAAAAGGAAAUGACUCUUUAACUACACUAUCAGAGGCACAGGAAAUGCUAAAGCGAAGGCUGGAUCAUAGCGAUGUCGUAGAGCAGCAUCUAUCAAUAAGAAAAGGAAAAGAUAAAAUCCCAAGCAGACCAAGCACCCAGCAGACUUCUCAUCUGCACGAAUUCAGGCAAAGUAAAAAAAUAGAGGACGAACAAUUCAAAGAAAGGUGCAGAUAUUAUAGACUGUAUGAAGAAGACUUAUCAACUCUUGCUACAAACCUUGAAAACGAACUAAAAAAAUGCAAUGAGCAAAGAGAGACUUAUAGAAAAGAUUGCUCUGAAAUGAGGGAAGAAAUGAAAGCAGUUUCUGAUGAAUUACAAAAUUGGAAAAAGGAGCUCGCUGAAACUGAGAAAAAAGAGAAAAUGAAAUUGAGGAGGCGACAAAUGGAAAUGGCCCAAUUUUUGUCUAAAAAGCAGAAUUUAAGGGAAGACACAGUAAGAAGGGAAUCUGAAGCAGCUAUCAUUAUAGAGUCUAUAACUGGAGAAAUAUCGAAAAGAAUGAAUUGGCUAAGAGAGUUAGAUGAAACAUCAUCUGACUUAAGGAAAAAAAUCCUCCAGGUAAAAAAUGCCCAAAUUCAGCACUAUACAGACCUUUUAUUAGAAGGAAAAGACACAAGAAAUGAAGGUCUCCAGUGAAUUGUAAAAGUUUUAUGAAAACUGCAAUAUAAAAUUUCAAUUGAAAAUUUCCCAUCAUUUUUAGAUUCUGAUGCAGUUAAAUUUAUAAUGCACCAGGCUGAAAAAAGUAAAGAGAUCGACAGCUAUUUGGAAACACUUAUGAGCUCUACAGGGAAGAGGCCAAGCCUUAGUAGGGCAUCAUCUAACGAUAGGUGAAAUAAUGUGAAAACGAGACUCGCAAAAAUCACGCAAAACGUUAGAGUUAAAAAACCUGAAUACAAAAUUGACAGAAAAACAAGACAAGUUAACAUUAUAUGAGAAGAUUAUGACUCAGGGAGAGCGAGUAUGAAAAGCCUUAACUCGACCACAAAUUUUGGGGAUGUAUUGGUUCUAGAGCAAAAAAUUUCUGCUCUUAAAGAAGAAUACAAACAAGAGCAGGAGCAAGAAAUAAGAAGGCUAACUCAUGAAUGCAGUGUCAACAAUUAUGAGUCUAGGUUUAGGAUAACUCUCAGAGAGCUAUUAUCUGCUAUCAUUGGUAUAGAAACUGUUGAUAAGUACAUGGUGCUAGUAAUGAAAGAGCAAAGAGACAUCGCAAGUAGUGUUCAAAACACUAAAACUUUUACUUUUAGCUCUAACUCUCCCUGUGAACGAACAAAACCAUUAGAAAAAUCCUAUGUUUUGCCCAAAAACCAACCUCUGCAAGCAAACAUAAAAAUUUUUUACGAACAACAUAUUUUAUAUACAAGUGAAUAAUAUAAUGAAAUCUCAAAAUAAUUUGUUUAAUUUUAAAUAGAUACAUUUUAAAACAUAAAUUUUACAAAUUAUAUUAAUAUUUUCUUUCAAUUAUUCAAAAAUUGGGAUUUUUUAAAUUUCAAGCAAAAAUGUUUUUACUAUAAAAUUUACAAAUUAAUUUUAUAAAAAAAAAAUAAGCCCUCUCAUGAGCGGCAAAAUUAUUUUGUUCGCUAACGGAGGUGGGUAGUAAGUGAAUCGGGUUAAGCCAAACUUCCCAGUAA